UGUCGCACCUUCCUUUUGUUUCCUGUCAGGCUGGUGGAGAAGAAAAUGGCGGCGGUGCAGCGCUGUGAGGAGCUGCUGCUGAAGAUGGAGUUGCAGGCGACUGACAAAGAGGAAAACAAGCAGAUCUCACUGGGCACCUCCAAGCUGAACUACCUGGACCCCCGCAUCAGCGUGGCUUGGUGUCGGAACAUGGUCGUACCCGUAGAUAAAAUCUACAAUAAGAGCCAGAGGGACAAGUUUGCCUGGGCCCUCGACAUGACGGAGGCAGACUUUGAGUUCUAACUUUAAGCCUCUAAAAACCCCAGUCUCACUAGAUGAUGGUUAUUGCAGAUAAGGAACCAAUGACUGUAAUACAUACAGAACUUUAAUAUUGCAUUCAUAUUAAAUUACUGGGGACUUCAUGUGAUAGUGUGACACGUUUCGUUUACAGCUGUGCAUUUGUCUAAUGCUUUUGGUACUUAGUUCUGUUGCUUGUUUUCUUUGUACAAUGUGUUUUCACUAAUUUGAAUAAAGGUUCCUACUACACAGUAAAGUGACACACUCGUCCGUGGACAUUUCUGCAAAUACUUGUUAAUUUGGUGCACGAUCAUGGUCAGUUAGAAACCUCCUGUUAAGAAGGUAACUUCACCAUUUUCCAGCUUAGUUUAGUGUAAUAAUGAAUUGCAUUUCAACACAUUAUAGACCAAAACAAACAUGCUAACAUUCCAGAUCACUUGCAUGAUAAAAUACAACUCUGGCUUAAAAAAAUAAAUACAGAAAAACACUGAGCACCUAGGAGUUAAUAUUUUAAAAAAUUCACUCAGCACCUUGUCAAAUAUGAAUUAUGUAAUACAUGACAGACAGCAUUGUAUUAAAUAGCUUUAAUAGAAGAAAAUCAGCUGAAAUUGGAAUGCAACCCACAGCCUGGUACUAACAGUGCUCUGUCAACUCUACAGGCUUCAGAUGUUCACUGCGCCCAUGUUGGUACGGAUGGAGGUUCCACUGGCCUGCAUGUUGUACUUCCCAGCACAGGCAAAACAUUUCCAUCAGUCAUCGCUUCAUGGGAUUUAUCUAUCUAAGAUAUAUUAUCUAAUAACCUCUGGGGCCAGUGCACAAAAAAAUCCCUAAAUUGCAUUUCUGCACGUGAGCGUUUAAAGUUCUGAGGGGAAUAUCACACUAUUCUAGUUUACGAAUAACUUUUCAAGUCAUUUCAUAACUGUAACCGUUU